GUGGUGGUGUGGCCCCCCCUCUUCCUAUCUUUUUUUUUUUGGGCACUGCGCCGGCACUGCCCACUCACCACGCAUUGGCCAUCCAUCAGUGCUACCAGCUGGUGCCAGCCGCCCACCAGCUGCCGAACCUGGCCUAUUAAUCUGCCUAGUGUCUGCUAUAGUGGUGUCCCCUGGGCGCCUAUACCCAAAAAUCACGAUCUCCUGCUUCUCCUGGACCUUUUACCCAUUCACCAACAAAUUCCCCCCGGACUGCUGCUGCUUCUUCUUUUUUUUCCUUUUGUGUCCAAGUCAGUAUUGGUGUAUGAUUACUCGUCAUCAGCACGGCUACUCUUCUAUACGACUCUCUGCUCGACUUUCUUUUCCCUAUUUCUGCUAUUUUUCUGCUGGACUUUCUUUUUUCUAUUUCGUCGACAACCGCCUGAUCCCUGCUUCGCCCACUUCUUCUCCGCUCCCCUGUUCUGCUCUUUGAACACUUGGGCCGCCGAAAAGGUUGUUCUGGUCGCCUCCCUCUUUCUGACCCAACCCGCCGACCCCAGCGACAGCGCCUCUCGCUUUUUAUCCUGCUCAACACCAACAUUUCGUUCGUGACCGCCGGGACAAAAAAAGAGUCAACUGAAGCUGAACCUGCAAUCACUCAGAAUUACCGGUGCCUAACAUGAAGGCUCUCCGCCGGUCGAUCAAAGGCGAAAAGAGCCAGAGCGGACAUUCGUCCUCUGGCUCUAUUUCUGCCGUUCCUAUCAAAUCUUCAUACGCUAUCGUCCCUCCCAAGAAGGUCAUCCGAGCCCUGCAUGAUUUUGUAGGCAGCACCCCGUACGAAAUGUCCUUUUCCCGUGGCGACUUCUUCCAUGUCAUCGACCGAGAAGACGACCUCGAAUGGUACGAAGCCUGCAACCCCGCCCUCCCCGAUGCCCGCGGAUUUGUCCCCGUUUGCUACUUCCAGUCUCUCGGCCGAACCGAACGAGAGAGCAACCACGACUCCGGCUACAGCGAUACCAACACCGUCACCCCUGCGCCUGGAUCCUCAGGUCCUUCCGUUCCCCCUUCGCUCUUCCCACCCUUCCCACCAUCCAAGACCAAGUAUGGUGCGCUAUCUCCUAUUCAGCCUUACCAGCAACCACCCGCCUCUGUUCAGCCCAACCCCGGCGCAGCGAUUGGUCACCGAGCCUCCAGAUCGAUUGGCAAGACCGGAGCUAUGGUCUACGGUAUUGUCAUGUACGACUUUGUAGCAGAGCGAGCCGAUGAGCUUGAGGCUGCUGCCGGUGAGGCCAUCAUUGUCAUUGCGCAGUCCAACCCGGAAUGGUUCGUUGCAAAACCUAUUGGCCGUCUCGGUGGCCCGGGUCUGAUCCCAGUCUCAUUCGUUGAGAUUCGCGAUAUGGCUUCGGGAGAGGCCAUCCGUGACCCUUCAGAUGCUAUUCGACAGGCUGGUGUGCCCAAGGUGGAGGAAUGGAAGAAGAUGGCUGCCGAAUACAAGAACAGCAGUAUCACUCUUGGCAAGUUUGAAGGUGGAAGUGGAAGCGACGAGGCCCUGGAGCAAGGUGUAGCUCGAAUGAGCAUACAGCAACAGCAGCAGGCCCAAGGACACGUGCGACACCCUUCAGUUCAAACCGGUUCACAGAAUGGCCAGAUGCAGCAGAUGCAGCAGCAGCAACAACAGCAGGCCCAGCCACAGGCUCAUAUUAGCCACCAAGAUCACAUUGAUCCGAAUGAGGUGACUCAGCUCUACUUCCCCAUCCAGGCUUCUAUUCCCAGAUACUGCUUCGCGGAAGACAAGUACUGGUUCGUUAUCGAUACCACUCUUGAAGAUGGUCGCCGUUGGGAGCUGUCCCGCUACUACGAAGAUUUCUAUGACUUCCAAAUCGCCCUGCUCACCGAAUUCCCCAAGGAAGCUGGCAAUACCGGAACGCAGAAGCGUAGCCUUCCAUACAUGCCCGGCCCCGUUAGUUACGUUACCGAUGCUAUUACCGAAGGCCGACUCCAUAACCUCGACGCCUACGUCAAGAACCUACUUGGCCAGCCCGACUACAUUGCCAAGUGCACGCUGGUGAAGCAAUUCUUUGCACCCCGCGAGGGCGAUUACGAGAUUGAGGCGGACCCUGCAGCUCUUGAACAGUACCAACAAGCACGCGACUCCCACCCCUCGUCGUCUAGAUCACCUAGCAAUGCAGCCUCGCGCCAGAACUCUCACCAGAACCUUAACGGAUCCGGACAGCGCCAACUCAGCGGCUCUCAGCAGGGUGCUGCUGGUGGCUUCAUCAAGGUCAAGAUGUACUUCAACAACGAUCUUAUUGCGCUGCGCGUGCCACAGAACGUCCAAUUUAGACAAUUGGUCGACAAGAUCCGAGACCGCCUCAAGCUCAGCACUGCGGACCAGCUUCAGCUCUUUUACAAGGACGAGGGUAGCGGCAGCAAGCUGAACUUGAUGAGCGACAACGACCUCAACUAUGCGAUGCAGCGAAACGAAAAGUUGCUUCUCUACGCCGAGGCCAUGUAGGCGCAUACUUUGUCGACCGCCUGACAACUUCUUCGCUUCUUUUCUGCACAUAGCACUUUUUUUUACGACAAGACGGCACUCCAACGUUGUUUGGGUGUCGUCGCAUUUUGGGUACAUGAUUAGUAGCUGGACCGGCCAAUGUGACGAGCCCAGUGGAAAUGCCAUUCCUUUUCUUUUUCAGAGCUUAACCACUUGGCUUUUCUCUGAUUUUCUUCACUUUUUUCUUUGUCUAUUUUUUUUUUCUUUUUACUUUUAUCUUUGCGUUUACAAAACGGGACAAGUACUGGUUCUUGAUUUGAAUGCAUGUUUCAGGAAGGAAAGUUGCAAACGCCUGAUUUUAUAUACCGAUUUUGCCUAUGGAUUUACGGGGAGGGAGGAGGGACAUGAGCGAGGAUGCUGGGGAGUGAAAUUAUACCGAAUAUUAGGAACAUGGGGGUUGGUGGUUCAGUUUGUGAAGCAGUUAUGGUGAGCAGCAAUGCUCAUGGUGAGCCGGGGCAAGACGCACCCGUAGGUGAUAUCCGACGAGAAUAAAAACAUGUG